AUGAAUUCAAAAAUUAAAGAGACUUUCUUCCGUAUGAAGCCAAUAUGUGAUAUAGUUAUGGUAUGUCCGUCUGCAGAAAACGUAAACAGUUUUAUAGGUAUUGUGUCAGAAUUAAGGAAGGAAGAUGUUCAAGAGUUGCAACAGUACCUGCUGUUUCCUUUGGUCACACACAUAAGAUCUACAGAGAUUAAAAACAGACAUGAGCAACAAAGAAUAGUUAUUGAUGCAAUGAAAGUUGUAUUGGAAAGAGUCACUGUAAACAGCUUUGAAAUGUGUAUGAAAAUCGAAACUGGUCUGCUUAGCUUAACCUUUGAUAAAAAUAAACCAGGAAUGAUUGCUGCUGUUCCUGAGGAGUUAAAACUGAGUAUAAUGAGGUGUCUUACUGUCCUAAUGUUAAAUAUAGACUCUGCUGUUAGGCAGAAACUCUUGAAAACCCAAGUUCCUUUACUGGCACAGACCAUAUUCGUAUCUGUACAUAUAGCUAAACUUGAAAAAUUAAGGUCACUAAGAUUAGCUGCCAUUAGUAAUGUUACUGCUCACACUGCUACACAUGAACAACUUACAGAUGAUAUGUGCCAUGUAAGAGAUGGUAAUAUUGAAGUUUUAGUAGUUGAUAUGCUUUCAAGUAUACUGCCCGGUGUACUGGCAGCAUUACAAGAUGUUGCCAUGUGUAAAGAAAAUCCAGGACAUGCUGUUGUUGUGGCAGCACUGAACGCAACACACCGCAUACUUUGCCUGACAAUGCAUGACAAACAUUUGAAAAAGAAGAGCGAUGUGACGGCUGAGGACUUUGCCAACAUGAUUGCGUUAAAAACCAAACCCAUAGACAAAGAUGUAAGCAGUAAGGGUAAUUAA